AUGUCUGGCUUUGGCGACUUCACGUCCAUCUGCGAGCACACGCCGCUGCCGCUGUGCGCCUCCGUCGGCCCCGUCCUGUCGUCGUCUGGCCGCGUCGGCAUCGAGCCCAGCUGCUACGCGCGCAACAUCGAGGUGGCCAACACAAUCAUCUUCGAGGGCGCCGCCUCCUUCGCCCACAUCGGCGCCCUCGUCAUGACCGUCAUCAUGAUCCUGCACGUGCGCUCCAAGUUCACCGCCGUCGGCCGCAAGGAGAUUCUGACUUUUUUCUACCUCUACAUGCUGCUCACCUUCAUCUCGCUUGUUGUCGAUGCUGGUGUCGUGCCUGCGGGCAGCGGGCCGUUUCCGUACUUUUCGAGCGUGCAGAAUGGCUUGACAAGUGCUGUCGUGACGUGUCUGCUGGUCAAUGGGUUUGUGGGCUUUCAGCUGUACGAGGAUGGAACGCCGCUGUCGGUGUGGAUGCUGUGGCUCUGCUCUGUCGUUGCCUUUGCCAUUUCCUUCCUCGUCUCGCUGGCCACUUUCAAGGGAUGGGCGGGUAUCGGUCCGACCAACACUAUCGGUCUGUUUGUCGUCUUGUACCUGCUCAACGCCAUUGAGCUCUUUGUCUACGUUGGCAUGCAGAUCCUGCUUGUCGUCAGAACGCUGCAAGACAGGUGGCCGCUGGGUGACAUUGCCUUUGGCAUUUUCUUCUUUGUCGCCGGCCAGGUCAUUCUCUAUGCUUUCAGCUCCAAGAUUUGUGUUGCCGUGAGCCACUACUUGGACGGCCUGUUCUUUGCUACGAUUUGUAAUCUGCUGGCCGUCAUGAUGGUCUACAAGUACUGGGAUUCCAUCACCAAGGAAGAUCUCGAGUUUUCUGUCGGCACUCGCAUGAACAACUGGGAAGUCAAGGAACUCCUCGGAGAAGAUGAACGUCGUGGAACCGCCUACGCCGAUGAUCCUUAUGCCCAGUCCAGCGGCUACGAUAUGCCUUACUCGCCGACGAACCGCUACUCAUCUCGGCACUAA